AUGUCGUCCCUACCUGUGCCCCCUCUCUUGCCUGUCUUCACUCUUUGGCUGGCGGCGCUGGUGACAGUGCUGAAAGCUGUUGGGUAUGAAGUGAAACGGAAUAGAAUUUUUAUACCAUCAGCAACUGCUUCAAAAACCUGUAACAAGUGUGUGUGUUCAACUGUGUGCGCGUGUGGAGCUCUGCAAGAACUUCUAAGUGACGACGACAAGAGAAUCGAGAACCAGUUAAAGCACGCUCAAGUCAUGUCCUCUGUGCCCAAAAUGGAGCGGGGCUCGUCUGAACCCCGACCUGCUCAUACCUCCACUGCUCCUGUUCCCAUCCCUCGCUCCUCUUCUGUAUCAUGUCAUCCGCAUCCUGGAAGUAAAAAACACAAGCGGACCCCCCUGUAUCAGAGAUCCAUGAGUUUUGAUCCAAACAUGCUCCAUAGUAAUGGCCAUACUGCCUUUGCCAAUGGAAGUGGGCCGGGCAUUCGAGAGACUGGGAUGGUGGAGAAGCUCCUCACCUCCUAUGGCUUCAUUCAGUGUUCAGAGCGUCAGGCCAGACUCUUCUUCCACUGCUCUCAGUAUAAUGGCAACCUACAGGAGCUCAAAGUUGGAGAUGAUGUGGAGUUUGAGGUGUCCUCUGACAGGCGCACUGGCAAACCCAUAGCAGUGAAGCUGCUUAAGAUAAAGCCAGAGGUGCUGCCAGAGGAGCGGAUCUCUGGCCAGGUGGGGCCAGACCUGCACGCCUAUGCCUUAACUAUGCUGCAUGGUUAUAUUCAUCCAGUUGUCUCUGCCAUUCCUGCUUACCUGGAUGGGAAAUCUGCUCCAGGCCAGGUCCCCACCGGAAGUGUUUGCUAUGAACGAAAUGGAGAAGUAUUUUAUCUGACCUACACCCCUGAUGAUAUAGAGGGAAAUAUUCACCUGGAUUCAGGAGACAAAGUCAGCUUUUACAUGGAGACCAACAAGCUUACUGGAGCAGUGAGCGCUCGCAACAUUCAACUUGUAAAAAAGAAACAAAUGAGGUGCCAAGGUGUGGUGUGUGCAACAAAGGAAGCUUUUGGAUUUAUUGAAAGAGCUGAUGUGGUGAAGGAGAUUUUCUUUCACUACAGCGAGUUUAAAGGCGAUUUGGAGGCUCUGCAAGCUGGAGAUGAUGUGGAAUUUACCAUCAAAGACCGAAAUGGAAAGGAGGUGGCUACAGAUGUGAGGCUGCUUCCUCAGGGCACCGUCAUCUUUGAAGAUAUCAGCAUCGAACAGUUUGAAGGCACUGUCACCAAAGUAAUCCCCAAGGUUCCAACCAAAAACCAGAAUGACCCUCUCCCAGGCCGUAUUACGGCACGUAUUGGAUACACGGACAAGGAGCUACCCUUUGGAGAGAAAGACACAAAGUCCAAAGUGACUCUUCUGGAAGGAGACCACAUCCAGUUCAACAUUUCUACUGACCGCAGAGACAAGCUGGAGAGAGCCACUAAUAUCGACAUUCUGCCGGAUACCUUCAACUUCACUAAGGAGUCUAGAGAAAUGGGAGUGAUUGCAGCCAUUCGAGAUGGUUUUGGUUUUAUUAAAUGUGUGGAUCGAGAUGCCAGGAUGUUCUUCCACUUUAGUGAGGUUUUAGAGGAAGCCCCAUUGCACAUCUCAGAUGAAGUCGAGUUCACUGUUGUGCCUGAUAUGCUGUCCGCCCAGAGGAACCAUGCAGUGCGUAUAAAGAAGCUACCUAAAGGCACAGUGUCCUUCCACACUCAGUCGGAGCAGCGUUUCAUGGGAGUCAUUGACAAAGAAGUGCCGUCUGCUGCUAAGAACGUCAGCCCUUCGAAGGCCAAAGAUCCAAAAGAACCUGAGGAAGGAGUGAUUGCAUAUGAAGACUGUGGAGUGAAGCUGACCAUCCCGUACUUUGCCAAGGACCUGGAGGGAACAUCCACCCCACAGGCUGGAGAUAAGGUGGAAUUUUCUAUCAAUGAAGUGAAGAGGACUGGUCUGCAGAGUGCAGUGUCUGUCAGAGUUUUAAACAGGAACAGCUCCAACGCCAAAAGACUCCAUGGUUUUGUGGCCACUCUGAAGGACAACUUUGGCUUUAUUGAAACUGCAAAUCAUGAUCAGGAGAUCUUCUUUCAUUAUAGUGAGAUGUGUGGAGAUGUUGAUAACCUCGACUUGGGCGACACAGUUGAAUACACAAUGUCUAAAGGAAAAGGAAACAAAGUCAGUGCUGAGAAGGUUACAAAGGUGGCCCCAGUGAACAGUAUUGGUGAUGAUGUAAGUACAACUAUCAUGGUGGGGAAGGUUGUUCGCCCUUUGCGCAGUGUGGACCCCUCCCAGAAUGAAUAUCAGGGACUUAUUGAAAUAACAGAAGAAGGUGCAAAUAAAGGCCAGAAUUAUCCAUUUGGAAUCAUGGGCAUGUCCUCUAAGUCAGACUGCUUGCAGAAAGGAGAGUCUGUGAAGUUCCAAGUUUGCACUAUCCCACAGACUGGGCAGAAAAUGGGCUGUAACAUUGUCCCUCAGAGAAGAGCCACUGUGGAGUCUGUCAAAGACCUGUUUGGAUUCAUCACGUAUGAAGUGGGCGACAGCAAAAAACUGUUUUUUCACGUAAAAGAGGUGCAGGACGGACUGGAGCUCCAGACAGGGGAUGAGGUGGAGUUCUCAGUGGUCCUCAAUCAACGCACAGGAAAAUGUAGUGCCUGCAAUGUCCGCCGAGUUAGUGAAGGGCCUAAACAGGUAGUGGCCCCUCGUCCUGACCGCCUGGUGAACAGGCUCAAAAGCAUCACUCUGGACGACGCCAGUGCCCCCCGUCUUGUCAUCGUCAGACAACCUCGUGGUCCAGACAGUUCAAAGGGCUUCAGUGUGGAGAGGAAGACCCGUCAGCCUGGUGUGAUUGACUGA